AAUUACAGAAUUGUAAAACAGGCCACAAAAAUUUAAAUUUACUCGCCUGAAGCUCCAUCCAUUCACACGUCUACUACUCCCUCCAGUCAUCCUUCUCAUUGUAUGGAUUUGAUCUCCAUUUCUUCAGUGUAUACAUUCAUAGAGUUAGAGUUAAAAGAAGAGAGUAGAAGCUCAAGCCAUUGAGAACACAGCUAAGAGCCUAGUAGGGUUUUCUUAGAACUGGAAAAAAGAAAAACCCAUAAUCCUCUCUCAACCAAAGGGGAAAAAGGCAUAGGUAUUAUCUGUCUUUCGUUGCUUCCAAUGCUGAGAGAUAUAUAGGCGAGGAGCACCAAAAUGUCGGCUAUAGUGAAUUUCAGAUCGGAUGAUCCAGCUGGAAAUUCGAGAUCUCGAAGUCGGUUUUCACUAGGUUAGCUUCGAAUUCCGCGACCCUAAUGUGCAUGACAGUGUGAUGUCUACUGUUAUGUAUCAGAGUUGCAGCUAAUAUGUUGUGUUUUGAGGUGAAAGUGGCAUAGGUAAAUCUCGAGCUUUCCUCCCUGCGUAAGAAGAAAAUGGAACUGGACACACUUCUUGAUUAUGCAUCAUUUCAACUGUCACCCAAGCGAACACGAUGCGAACUAUUUGUUACCGCUAAUGGAAAGACUGAAAAACUGGCAUCAGGGUUAGUGAAGCCCUUUAUCAGUCAGUUGAAAUUUUCUGAAGAGCAGGUUGCAUCAUCAGCUAGUUUUAUUAAACUUGAGGUUGGGGGGCAGAGAAGUGUCAAAUCAUGGUUCACAAAAGGGACACUUGAUAGGUUUGUCAAAUUUGUUAAUACACCAGAGGUAAUGGAGCUUGUCAAUACCUAUGAUGCUGAACUAUCGCAACUUGAAUCAGCUCGGAGAAUAUAUUCACAGGAAACAGGAGAUCAGGGAUUUUCUGAUAAUGGCGUGUCCUCAAACACAUCAGCAGCUGAUGCAACAAAGAAGGAGCUAUUGAAAGCCAUUGAUGUGAGGCUAUCAGCAGUUCAACAGGACUUAAUUACAGCUUCAUCUCGUGCUACAGCUGCUGGUUUCAAUCUAGACACAGUUGCAAAACUUCAAAGUUUUUCAGCCCAAUUUGGUGCUUACCGAUUAAAUGAAGCAUGCUCAAAAUUUAUAUCAUUGUGCAAGAAAAGGCCACACCUAAUCAACCAAUGGAAGCCAGGUGGAGCAGAUGAACAUGCAGUAAGAUCCUCAUAUGGAUCAGAUAUGUCCCUAGAUGAAGACCCUCCUACUCCAGAACAACAAUGCACCAUGUUUCCCCCAAUCGGUCAAAACCAGGAUGCAGUGCAUCAGCAAUCCCGUCCUCACCUUGAUCAAUCCAGAUCUUUUAGUAAUCAAUCGUUAAAACCCUCUUCUGUUGUCUUUCAGAGUGGAAAAAAAGAUUUUGAUGAAACUCAGGAGACUCCUAUGAGCCGGAACAUCAGACGGCUAAGUGUGCAGGAUCGUAUCAACAUGUUUGAGAACAAGCAGAAGGAGAGUUCAGGGAGUGGGGGGAAGCCAAGCACGGGAAAAUCUGUGGAGCUUAGAAGGAUGUCCUCUGAUGUCUUGGUUUCCCCGCCCGUAGUUGCGGAGAAGACAGUAUUAAGGAGAUGGAGUGGGGUUAGUGACAUGAGCAUAGAGUUGAGCAGUGAAAAGAAGGAUGGUGAGAGUCCUUUGUGCACCACCCCAUCUUCUGCAUAUGUUUCCAAGUCCAAGCCUGAAGACGAAGCGAAACCAGACCAAGCAAAAUCACUUAAUAAGAUGGAAUUUCAAAGUGUGCCAGAUCGAGCUGGUGAUAUCAGGGUGAAAGAACAUGAAGACUUGAAAUUGCAUAAUCAAUAUUCUAAUGAGAAGGAAGAAUCAAAACUGUCAACUGCUUCUCACAAGAAGGUAGAAGCAUCUGAAUCUAGUUACUCAAAGUCUUAUAAUUCGACCACCGUAGAGUCCAAUGGGCAAAAAGAUAAAACUGGUGAGAAGCCCAAGUCAAUUUUGUAUUCAACUAAACCAGGGAACAAUUUGAAAGAGAUACCCGAAUCUCAAGGGUUGUCUGCAUCAUUGCCUUGGGAUAAUAAAACUAGAAAAGUUGAUGUAACUAAUAAAGGAAAGUCCACAGUUAGUCAGGGCAGUGAUGGCACUAUUGAGCCUCAGAAGACAGAAGUUCAUGCAUCUCAUGUCACUGCUUUGAAGGACGAAAUCUCUUCGCCAGAGCAGUUUGGAGCUUCUACCAGACAGGCAAGUUAUGAUGAUGCAACCCACCAUAUAGUGCAUCACAGUCAUGAGACUCAAUCAAGGGAUGAAUUGGCCGUGUCUAACUCAAGAGACUCAAGACUCAAGGCUCCUCAGAAAACUAAAGAGGACUUUGGGCCUUUGGAAAGUGGUUCCCUCUCAAGAGCCUUUUUAACCCCUCAAGGCAAAGGGCUUGAAGGAGAUCCAUUUAAUUCUCAAUACAGAUCUCAAUCAUAUGCAGAAUCUGAGAAGAAAAAGGUAGAUUUGGCUGAAAAGGUAGAUGCUAAUUCUGGACCAAAAGUUGUCAAUUCAGCAGGGUUUCCAAUUAUGAAGUCGAAGAAGCAAGUUGUAGGUGCUGAUGGGAAAAACAACUCACAAGAUUGCAUAGAAGAGAUGAGAACUGUUUCCAUAAAUAUCAAUCAGUCUGCCCCUGCUGAAAUGGUAGCAGAGGCACAGGAGGGAUCUAUGUCAUUUUUUUCAACCCCUGUCCAACAAGUUCAGAGGGUACGGCUAUCCAAGGGAAACCAGGAACUCAAUGAUGAGUUAAAGGUCAAGGCAAAUGAGCUUGAGAAGCUCUUUGCUGAACAUAAGCAGUCAAAUCCUGCCCGCAAAACCAAGCCUACUGAAAUACCAGCCCCACAACAAGCAAAUUCAUUGCAUACUGGUCCUGCAGCAGAUAAUACUUCUGUCCAGUACCCAGACAAAAACACGGUAACUGGAGCAGCUGUGACUUCUUCAAGUGGCUUGGUAAACAUUGAUAAUAAAGGGUGUACAGAUGUUCUAAGCAAGGGUGUCUCUGAGCUUUGUGCUUCAGAAGGUUCUCGAGGAAAAUCCUAUGCGACAUAUACGCGGAUAAGAGAUGCAAAACUAAGGAAAGAAUGGAAUUCUAAGCGAAAUGAAAAGGAAGCAAAACUAAAGGCUAUGCAUGAAAGCCUAGAAAAGACUAGAGCCAAGAUGAAAGCUAAGUUUUCUGGAUGUUCAUAUAAGGACGAUUCUGUUUCUACUCUGCACCGACGUGCAGAAAGACUAAAGACUUUUGAUAGCAGGUCAAUUUUGAGGAGAGAAAAGCAACAUUUGGAUUUUGAUCAACAUGAAAAUGAAUGCAUGACCAAAUUUUCCGAGGAGAAUCAGUAUGGAGAAGGAAGGUAUCCGAGUGAGACAAGUGAUGCAUUUCUUGAGGAUGAUGCUUCUACAGGCAGUCAAGUUCAAAAGCCUCUGCCAGCUAAAGCUUCUACAAGGCCAGCUAUCAAAGGUACUAUUAAUAGCAAUCCUGGCAGGAGAAAAUCCCAAUCCGAAAACCCCCUGGCACAAUCUGUCCCUAACUUCUCAGACAUGGGAAUAGAGACCACAAAGAUUUCCUCUGCAGUGGGACAAACAGCACGUUCCCAACUUAAAAACUACGCUCGCAACAAACAUAAUAGUGAAGAUGACAUGGCCGUUAAGGAGGAGAAAUCUUGGAGAUCACAUUUGCUAAGAAAGAGCACCAUAAAUCAGGGAGAGUUUGGUGAGGCAUCUAUUUUGGACUCUGAAGAUGUUUUGACGCUUAAAAUUGACAAGAUUAUUGAUAAAGUGAGGAACAAUGUGGACUCAAGGAUUUUCCACAGCAAGGGUAAAAGUGCAUCAGAUAGUGGUGCCAGGGUCGGGGUCCCAAAACAGAGAAGAUUUAUAGGGUGUCAGAACACACAAAGUGACGGGGAAUACAAUGAUGCAGUAGUACAUUUGUCUAACAGCCCAAUCAAAGAUGGAGAGGACAUGCUUGAGGAUACAGAGCAUAUCUCUAACAUGGGUAAAAGGGAUUCAAUAUUGAGCCACGAAUCAGAAAAAUCUUCUGAUUUUGGAUCAGAGAGUGGUGGUGAUCUUGUGAGGUCAUUUUCCCAUUUUAACCCUAUAUUGGCAUCUGAAUUCACACCUUCCAUGCUGGACUCUGCUGAACCACUGCAAGAUGGACAAAGCCCUGUGUCGUGGAAUUCACAUGCUCCUCAUCAGUUUUCCUAUUCUAAUGAGAUGUCUGAUGUUGAUGCCUAUGUGGACUCCCCCCCAGCGGAAAGCCUUGCUUCAUGGAAUUCUCAUUCACUAAGCCAAACAGAAUCUGAUGCUGCUAGAAUGAGGAAAAAGUGGGGAACUGUUCAGAAACCUUUGCUGGUUUCCACUUCUUCCAACAAUCAGCCCCGCAAAGAUAUGACUCGAGGGUUCAAGAGAUUAUUAAAAUUCGGAAGGAAACCCCGUGGAGCGGAAAGUUCCGUUGACUGGAUUUCUGCCACUACUUCUGAAGGAGAUGAUGAUACCGAAGAUGGACGUGAGCCUGCCAAUCGUUUGUCGGAUGAUAUGAUGAAGAAAUCUAGGAUGGGUGUUUUGCAAGGUCACCCUUCUGAUGACAAUUUCAAUGAACACGAGUUCUUUGCUGAGCAAGUACAAACAGUGCGCGGUUCGAUACCGGCUCCUCCUGCUAAUUUCAAACUGAGGGAUGAUCAUUUGUCUGGAAGCUCAUCGCUAAAAGCUCCAAGAUCAUUUUUUUCCUUGCCGACCUUCCGUAAUAAGGGAAAUGACUCAAAGAUCAGAUAAUGACACUCCCAAACAGAUAGGAAUGACGGGGAUAUGAUGUGCAAGCGGUGUUGAGGGGUACAAUAAUGCAAAUACUCUUUUGUAUAUCACAGUAAUAGUUAUUCUUAUUAUUUUGUUUCUUUGUGCAUUCUAUCCAUGUAGAGUUACUUUCAGUCAAUAUUUGUAUUAAUGAGAAAACAAAAUUUCAAUUGGGGGAAUAUCUAUGCAAUUUUGGCUUUGCAAGGCUUCAUUUUUUCGCUACAUGUA